CCCACCCAAAAGAUGGGAAUAUAUAAUAGUAUUGUUGAUGAAUAAAGAAGUAAAAAUAGCUACAUUGUUAUGUAACACCAGCUUUAUUCUAAAAUUUGUUUUGUAAUGGGCGGUAUUAUAGACGAAUAUUCUCACAGGCCCAAAAUAAAAUUUUGUAAAAUUUUCUUGAUAUUGUGAUCGUUCAGUGUGAAUUUGAUUUUCGUGGAAGCACAUUAUGAAUCUGUAAAAAAAUUCAUUCCCGACGAGAAUUCAGUAGAAUAUGAACUUUUCGAAAUAAAAUAAAACUCAGGCGAUUUGUGAUUUAAAAGUGGGACAUUUAUUCCCGCUUAAUUAUGGCUAACGUAGAUGCAAUGGCAAACGAAGCUAUAAAACAUCGAGAAUUAGCCGAUCACGGUUCAGAGAAUGCGGUUAAGGAGAUCGAACAAGUGAUUAGUGAAAAUGAUAAGGGUAUAGACACAUGUACUACCGUAGCGCUAUCAUCAAUGAGUGAUGAAUUCAACACAGCUCAUUCUAGUCAAGUCUGCUGUUGGCAUGAAUGUCAUAAAAAUUUGGCUCGUCAACGAUAUGUCCUUCAUGAUGAUCAUCCUUACUGUAUCAAAUGUUAUGAAAAUGUAUUUUCCGACAAAUGCGAAAAAUGUAACAAGAUCAUCGGAAUCGAUUCCAAAAAUCUGUCACACAAUGGAAAGCAUUGGCAUAAGGCUUGUUUCAAAUGCAACAAGUGCCGGAAGUCGCUUGUUGACAAACAAUUUGGAUCAAAGGAAGAUAAGAUUUACUGUGGAAAGUGCUAUGAUUCGCAAUUUGCGUCCACAUGUGAUGCUUGCAAAGAGAUCAUCUGUUUUGGCACAAAGAAGAUGGAAUAUAAGGCUCGUCAAUGGCACGAAAAUUGUUUUACAUGCAGUGGAUGCAAGGUGUUUAUUGGUAAAAGUUCGUUUUUCCCAAAGGAGCAAGAGAUCUACUGUUCUGCUUGCUAUGAAGAAAAAUAUGCAACGAAAUGUGUCAAGUGCAAUUCGAUUAUUACGUCGUAUGGCGUUACGUAUAGAAAUAAACCAUGGCAUCGUCGAUGCUUCACUUGCACGACAUGUAAAACAUAUUUGUCCGCUAAACAUUUUACGAGUCACGACGAGAAUCCGUAUUGUGCCGAAUGCUUUGGUAAAUUGUUAGCCGAAAGUAACGCAAGAAGUAAUCCUAUAAAUGUGGGAGUAAGCAUGAAAAAGGAAUUACCGGAAAAGCAGAUCAAAAAUUUUCUUGAGGAAAUUUUUAGCCGAGAAAUGCGUUUAAAACGUAAAGUGGCAAUAACUGAAAAUUUGAAGGCUUCUAACAACACCAAAAAUGAAAUUUAGGUCCUUCUGUGAUUUGUAUGGCCAUUUAGAUUCAAUGUUCGUGACUCUGUUAUAUGAAAUAAAAAUUAAUAUUUUUAACGAGGAACGUUACAUUGUACGAAAUGAUGAAAAUAUUCUUCCAAAUUCAUCAAUGAUCAAUCCAGAAGACGACUGAGAGAAAAUUUUGCAUUAAUAUUCAGUUAAAAAAAAUACCAUUUCUCAUCAGGCCAUGGUGACAGUGGUCCUUGAUACAAUGUUCUAGGAACACUAUAUACAAUUUGCACACGAACAAAUAU